UUACUUCCUUAAACAAGACAGCUUUCUGGGUUUGCUUCAGGAGCAACGCGUCGCGUUUGCGCGAGGGGACAUGGCCCAGAGGACGUUAGUUAGGAAACAACAGCGCGUCAGGCAGAAAGCAGCGGCGCGCAAGAACGCAACGCACUGACAGCGAUUUAAAAAGUUUCGCGGACGCGUUUGUUGCGUCGCAGCGCAGGGCGCGUUAUAUGUGACAGUGUGACGCUUGUCUUUAAUCAUUUAAAAUCAUAAUCUGAGCGGAGCGUCAGUUGGCAUGGGCGUCAAACAGAGCAGUCCCGCGGCUAACGGGCGCACACGGGCGUACUCGGGCUCGGAUCUGCCGUCGGGCACGGCGUCGAGUAACGGCAACGGCCGAACGGCGGCGGUAGCAAUGAGAUAUCACGGUCACGGCGCGUCAGGUGCGACAUCAUCAUCAUCAUCAUCAUCAUCAUCUGCGGCGGGGGCCGCUCAUUAUAUCGGCCCCAGGACGCGAUCUGUAGGGGCUGUCGGUGGUACCGGCGGUCCGCAUUCGGGCAUUAAUAUACCGAACUCUGGGGUGUAUAUUUCUCAGGAGUCCGGUAACAACACACCGGAGGAGAACGCCGGAGACAGAGUGCGCUCAACCGGGACUCCGAGACUGUUAAUCGGAUCUCUACCUGCUCACCUGUCGCCUCAUCUCUUCGGAGGUUUCAAGUGCCCCGUCUGCUCAAAGUUCAUCUCUUCAGAUGAAAUGGACCUUCAUCUCGUCAUGUGCUUGACUAAACCUCGAGUGACCUACAAUGAGGAUGUUCUGGUGAAGGACACAGGAGAAUGUGCAAUUUGUCUGGAGGAGCUGGUGCAGGGAGACACCAUCGCUCGCCUGCCCUGCCUCUGCAUCUAUCACAAAGGCUGUAUUGAUGAGUGGUUUGAAGUGAACAGAUCGUGUCCUGAACAUCCUUCAGAUUAAAUACACUUCUUUACACCUUCGCACAGGUUUUUAGCCUUGUGGUCGUGAGAAGCGAUGUAUGCCACUAGCUGACAGCAAUGUGAACUCUUCUUCUUCAUUUGGACACUGUGACUUUGGUUUGUUCAGGCUAAGCGGGGUGGCCUGAUCGCUCAAACCCCACCCACACUUCUCGUAGCUCCACCCCCUCGCCAGUCGCCAUAUAAACCCCAACGUGCCAAAACUCAUUCAAGCAAUCUUCAGGGAAACUCUGUGCUGUUGACUCUCUUCCAACAUCUCGAUAAUACAAAAACUACAGCGAUGCCAGGGGGCAUGCCAACUCUUGACAUGCAAGAUCUCAGAUAAUAGAUUUUCUCCUCUGUUGCACAAUUUCUGAUUACACUGCAAAAACAAAUAUUUUCUUAUUUUGCAGUAAAAAAAAUCCUUAAGAACAUCCUUUAAACUUGAUCAAUUUAUGCGAGAAGCAAAAUCGUAAGACUUCAAAUGUAUUUGUCCUACUGUUUUAAGCAUAAACAUCACAUGUUGUUAAAUUUAUGCUUGAAACAAGAAAAAAAAAAAGAUCUGAAAACAAGUCUUACGCAGUUUGCUUCUCAAGUGCAUGUGUCUUGUUUUAAGGAUGUUUAGAUAUAUUUACUGGAAAACAAGACAAAAAUACUGAGUAAGAAAAUGAUUUUUUUUUACAAAGGUGUUGAUGUGGUAACAGAAGUGCCACCCACAGAUGCUUGUCAAUUCAUUGGCUGUUUUUUACAGAAUGAGAACUGCUCUGAUUGGCUGGACUCAGGGUCAGCUGACUCAUAUUUAAUUCAUGGAUUAUAGGGGUUGAUUGUACUCUCAAGACUUUAAGCUAAAGGGGACUGUGUCUACCAGUGCCUUCAUUUUCAAAUCCUAAGAGCCGCCCGAGGUGGCUGUGUUUUGUUUUUCCCUCAGUGGACGUGCACGAUGGAAUCGGAUAAAGACAAAGUUAUGACUUUCAUUAGCUGUCUCGCUCAUGCCUGGAUAUGACGGGUCAUUCCAGUGAUCUCUGAUUCCGGGCGGCCAUGAGCCAUGAGUUGACUAGAAGUGCCCUGUGCCCGUGUGGCAUCCUCUUUCUCUCACAUCAGUCCCUCGCAUCAGUUUCCAUCCUGUUCAUCUGAAGUCUCGUGGCAAUAUCUCUCAGAUGCACUGCAGCACGUGUAACAGGUUCAUCAUCAUUUCUGCAGCAUCUCAUGAUCAUAUAUGAAAGUGCAUCUUAUGAAAAAUUAAACAUCACAAAGUAUAGCCAAUUUUUCAACUUGGUUGCCAUGAAAACGUUGUCAACAAACCCUAAAAUAACUUUACAGCUCAAAUAGUUAAUUUUGUUUAUUUAAGUGCAUUUAUAAAAUUAUAAGCUUCUCAUUUCUGACUUUAACCCCUCCAAAAAUUCACCCCAUUGACUUCCAUUGUAAGUGCCCCACUGGAACCUCCGAUUUGACAGUUUUACGAGUCUAAAUUAAUUUUGUCGUAUUCAACAUUGUCACAAAUGCUGUCGGUUAGCUGAACUUGUAUUGAACCCAGAAUAUUCCUUUAACAAAAUGCAUUUCUUUUCUUCUUGUAAUGCUUUAUCAACAUACAUUAAUACUUCAUAGUACUUUAACAACAGUAAUAGUUCAAAAUACUUAAACAAUUAAUUAAUCAAUAAUAAUGACUGUAUGACAGUAAUGUGAAGCUACUGAGAAUAAUAGGAAUUGCAAUAAACCUCAGAAAGAUGCGUUAUAGUAAUGAUAAUUUGGUUGUAAUGAUUAAAAUAAUUGCUUAAUGCAAAAUAUAAUUUUCUUAUAUUUUUUUCCCCCUCUUUGGGGUGAAAUAUGGUCUAGACCUGUUACAUGAGAUUCACCCACAUUGUUACGAGAAAAGUUUGUCUUUGUUUGUGUUGGUCUUUAAAAGGAAUGUUCUGUGUUCAAUACAAGUUAAGCUCAAAAGUAAUGUUGAUUACCACAAAAAAUAUUUUCAACUCAUCCCUAGUUCAAAAGUUCAGCCACAAGAUGUAAACAAUGUGUGUGUGGGUUUUUUAUCCCCUUUUCUCCCAAUUUUGGAAUGCCCAAUUCCCACUACUUAGUAGGUCCUCGUGGUGGUGCGGUUACUCACCUCAAUCCGGGUGGUGGAGGACAAGUCUCAGUUGCCUCCGCUUCUGAGACCGUCAAUCUGUGCAUCUUAUCACGUGACUCGUUGUGCAUGACACCGCGGAGACUCACAGCAUGUGGAGGCUCAUGCUACUCGCCACGAUCCACGCACAACUUACCACACGCCCCAUUGAGAGCGAGAACCACUAAUCACGACCACGAGGAGGUUACC